CUAAUACCAGAAAAUUAGUUAUUAAGAGUGAGAAUACGAAUUCUACUUAGGGAAUGCAGAGAGAUGAGUGGAGAUUCGCGGCUGUCUAACCGAGGAAGGGCUAAACGACCCAUCGGCGGCAGAACUUGCCACCGGAAACACGUCGAAGACGGGUGAACUACACGCCUGAUUAGUGUCUAUUUCUUUUACUUUGUAAUUUACAGAAGCAUUUCGUCGAACAGAUGGCAGGUGAAGACAGAAACAAUGGCGUCCUACAUGGAAAAUACGAGCUUGGUCGGCAGCUAGGUCACGGCACUUUUGCGAAGGUGUACCAUGCGAAGAACGUGCAUAACGGAAAAAGUGUGGCGAUGAAGGUUGUGGGGAAAGAGAAGGUUAUUAAGGUCGGAAUGAUGGAUCAGGUUAAGAGAGAGAUUUCGGUGAUGAAGAUGGUACGUCAUCCUAACAUUGUCGAGCUUUACGAGGUUAUGGCGAGUAAAUCGAAGAUCUACUUCGCUAUGGAACUCGUUAGAGGCGGUGAAUUGUUCUCCAAAAUUGCGAAAGGGCGGUUGCGAGAGGAUGUUGCCAGAAGCUACUUCCAGCAGCUCAUUUCCGCCGUUGAUUUCUGUCAUAGCCGAGGUGUGUACCACCGGGAUCUGAAGCCGGAGAAUUUGCUGUUGGAUGAAGAAGGUAAUUUAAAAGUGACGGAUUUUGGACUCAGCGCUUUUUGCGAUCAUCUCCGGCAGGAUGGACUGUUACACACGACGUGUGGGACACCGGCGUACGUCGCACCGGAAAUAAUCGGGAAAAAAGGAUACGACGGAGCAAAAGCCGAUAUCUGGUCAUGUGGUGUUAUCCUCUACGUUCUUCUCGCUGGAUUCUUGCCUUUUCAGGACGAGAACAUUGUCGCGAUGUAUCGGAAGAUUUACCGGGGAGAUUUCAAAUGUCCACCGUGGUUUUCUUCCGACGCUCGAAAAUUGAUCACGAAAUUACUAGACCCAAAUCCCAGCACUCGGAUUACCAUCUCGAAGAUCAUGGAAUCACCCUGGUUUAAGAAGUCGGCGCCGAAGACCUCCAAGUUCUUGAUUGACGACGAAGGAGUGCAAUCUAAAGGCAAGGAUGCUAAAACAUUGAAUGCGUUUCACAUCAUUUCAUUAUCAGAAGGAUUUGAUCUGUCGCCGUUGUUUGAAGAGAAGAAGAGAGAGGAAAAGGAAGAAAUGAGGUUCGCGACGACGGAGAAGGCGGAGGCGGUGGUGUCGAAGCUGGAAGAAGUGGCGAAGUCGAUGAAGUUUAGCGUGAAGAAAAGCGGCGACGAGAGCAGUUUAAGGUUGCAGGGACAUGAAAAUGGAAGAAAAGGGAAGUUAGGGAUAGCGGCGGAGCUCUUCGCCGUCACUCCGUCGUUUCUGGUGGUGGAAGUGAAGAAAUCUAGCGGCGACACCCUGGAAUACAACCAGUUCUGUAGCAACGAGCUCCGGCCGGCGCUUAGAGACAUCGUCUGGAGGUCUGCCGCCGAUCACACUUUUCCGGCGUGAUUCUGAAUCAAAUUGUUAUUAGUAUAUCUUCAAAUUUCAUCAUGUGUUAUGUGUUGAAUAAAAUAAUAUUGUGAUUCUUCUUUUCGUCA